UCAGUUAACAGGGGAGCUCUGUGCAUUUGUUAGACAUCUUGGCUGCUGGCCCAACUUGGCUCAUUGUAAUCUAGGCAUGAUCACCGACUCCAGGCAGCCCUCUCUGCCACCUCGGCUGCCUUGUGUUUGGACCCAGCCCAGCUUUUACCGCUGACAUGGAAAGACCCACCCCCAGUGACAUGAUGCCCAAGAGGGAUCAUGAGAGAGACGCAGAGCUAGACAAGAAGAUCGAGGCCCUCCGCAGGAAGAAUGAAGCGCUCAUGAAGAGGUACCAGGAGGUGGAGGAGGACAGGAAGAGAGCUGAAGAAGAGGGAAUGGCCUUGCAGAGCCGCAAGGGCAAAGCUGAUGACCUCACCAUCACAAUCACCAAGUCAACCAGUGAUGCGCGCGUGGUGGUGACUAAGCCAUGCAGCGGAGGUUCACCGACUACGAAAGAGCCGCAGGAGGCGAAAAAUGACAAGGUGGGAGAGGGACCACAGCUGGGCUCAGGACGAGGACGCAGGAAACAGCUAACAGUCACCAUGGCUGGAAAAAAGGGUAAAAGGGUGGUGAGCGAGAGGGUGGAGAGGAGGCCAGGUCCCUCGGAGGUGAAAGGCCCUGUCGAGGAUGGGCAGGAGGAACGGGUGGAGACAGCCGGGAAAGGGAAGCAGUCAUCCCACACGGAGUCGGAGAGCCAGCAGACCUGCACGGACCUCACAAUCCCCACGUCGAAGGAGGAGCAGGAGGAGUACCUGCUGAAGAGGGAGCGCGAGCAGAUCGACAGGGAGAGGGUGGCACGCCACAAGAACUCCAAAGGCCAAUGGAGGCGGGCAUGGGACAUGGACAAAACAGAAAACAUGUUUUCAGAGAAAUCCCUCGCCGAUAGAGACCGGGGACAUCCCAACAGAGGUGAGACAAUCAGACGUUCCAGGUCAAAUGCCGACUCGCGAGGUCAUGACACACGGUGCAAGGACAAGGGGGCUAAAAAUGUGCCUGUGGUGAGCAGUAAGGCCAAGGGCAAGGACCGUCUGACAGGAAGGGCCAGAAGAUGGGAUACAAAUGAGGAAGGAGAGCUCUUGCAGACACCCGAGACCUCAUUGGAGGAAUUCUUGGAGGAACUCGACGCCCUGGUCGAUUCUGAGACUGAUGAUCAGAGAGACGGUGACCCCAAAGGGAAGUUGCCUCCCAGCCCUGACUCACCCAAGUCAGAGGAAGUGGUCAUCAGCUCCGAGGGACCCUCCAGUCCUGUGGCAGUGUCCACUGGUGGAGAGAACAUUCUCACACAGACGAAGGCCGAGGAUUCGUCCCCUCGAGGUCUGGAGAAGAGAGUCCGCUUUUCAGAGGAACUCGUCCGAGGAACCCGUGUGGGUCACAGCAUGGACUCUCAGGACCCCGUUUGCUCCGAACCCAGAGGAUCGAACUCAUUGAAAAGUGUCACCGUCACACCUGAGGUUCAGGGUCCAAAUCGACCCCUUGAAAGUGCCGUGGAAGAUGUCGGUGGACCACAGCACCAGGGGUAUAAAUCUGUUGUUGUUGCCCAGCAGCAGGCACCUGAAACCCUUGUUUCUGAAGCUGAAUGUGCUAGAAAAAUCAGUGUGUUCCCUGCAGUUUGCCCCCCUGCUGAAAAAGCCUGUGCCUCUCUACAAGAGAGCUCUGUCCCGCCUGUUGAGCACACCAAGUGCAAUAUCAGCAACAGAAACACAGACGAGCUAAUAGACUCCACUCUCUCUGUCCUGAGCCUGGAGUCAGGGGGAACACAUCCGACACACACCACCAGCACUGAGAAGGCGAGAGAGAAUGGAAAGAUUGUCUGAGGGACAUGGCCAAAGGGAGAGUCUGAAAUACUGAAACCAAAACACUGAAGAAGAACGUUGCCUUUUCAUAGACGAAAACCGCAUUUACUUCCAGUGACUCAUUGCAUACAUUCUGUUUAUGGUUUACACAUAGGGAUUGUUUUGUCACAUUAACACAUAGCAAAGUAAGGACUAUGUAUUUUUCAAUGAUUGAAAUUUUGAGAUAGGAUGGUGACAGCUGUUUUUCCUACAUUA